UAGGCGGAAGCUGGUCCGUCUCCUUUUUCGUCCGGCUGCGGGUGGUCGCAUCUCAAAUUCUGACCUUACGAUUUAUCUAGUCACGGUUAGGCAGUAAUCCUGUCAUUCACACUGUAAAUACUUCAGCCCUUACAAAAUGCCUGGAUCAGUCCCAGCCAGCGGUGAGGCCACAUGGCCCAAAGAUGUGGGCAUCAUUGCCAUGGAGAUCUACUUCCCCUCCCAGUACGUGGAUCAAGCAGAGCUGGAACAGUUUGAUGGUGUGUCAGCGGGAAAGUACACAGUGGGUCUGGGCCAGGCACGUAUGGGCUUCUGUUCAGACCGCGAGGACAUCAACUCCCUGUGCCUGACUGUGGUCCAGAGGCUGAUGGAGAGGAACUGCCUGUCCUACGACAGCGUUGGGCGCCUGGAGGUUGGUACCGAAACCAUCAUUGACAAGUCCAAGUCUGUCAAGACGGUCAUCAUGCAGCUGUUUGAGGAGUCGGGCAACACAGACGUAGAGGGAAUUGAUACGACCAACGCCUGCUAUGGUGGCACCGCCGCCCUCUUCAAUGCUGUCAACUGGGUGGAGUCCAGUUCCUGGGACGGUCGCUAUGCAGUGGUGGUGGCAGGAGAUAUUGCUGUUUAUGCUACUGGAGGUGCCAGGCCAACGGGGGGUGCUGGUGCAGUCGCCAUGUUGGUUGGACCCAAUGCUCCAUUGGUUUUUGACAGAGGUCUUCGGGGAACACACAUGCAGCACGCUUAUGACUUUUACAAGCCAGAUAUGGUGUCAGAGUACCCUGUUGUGGAUGGCAAGUUGUCUAUCGAGUGCUACCUGAGUGCGUUGGACCGCUGUUACUCUGUGUACCGCAACAAGAUCCAUGCACAGUGGCAAAGGGAGGGUGUGGAGAAGCGUUUUAGCCUAGAAGACUUUGGCUAUAUGGUCUUUCACUCUCCUUACUGCAAGCUGGUGCAGAAGUCUCUGGCCCGUCUCAUGCUCAACGACUUCCUGAGUCACCCCAACCCCAACACCGAGACUGGACCAUUCAGCGGUCUGGAAGCCUUCAGGGAGAUAAAGCCAGAAGAAACCUACUUUGACCGUGAUGUGGAGAAGGCCUUCAUGAAAGCCAGCACGCAGCUGUUUGAGGAUAAGACCAAGGCCUCCCUCCUGGUCUCCAACCAGAACGGCAACAUGUACACGCCCUCAGUGUACGGCUGCCUGGCAUCAGUCCUCGCACAAUAUACAUCUGAACAGCUGGCGGGUCAGAGAAUUGGAUUGUUCUCCUAUGGCUCAGGCUUCGCCGCAACACUCUACUCCCUCAGAGUUUCACAGGACUCAAAUCCAGGUUCUGUAUUGGACAAGCUGUUGUCCAGUCUGUGUGACCUGAAGGCCAGACUUGACUCCAGGAGAAAAGUGUCUCCUGCUGUGUUUGCUGAGAACAUGAAGCUGAGGGAGGAGACUCACCACCUAGCAAACUACAUUCCUCAGGGCUCUGUUGAUGAGCUGUUCCCGGGGACAUGGUACCUGAGCCGGGUGGAUGAGAAGCACCGCAGGGAGUAUGCCAGACGCUCCCUCAACGACGACCUACCCCUGGAGGCUGGCAGGGUGAACUCCACCACAACCAUAGAGCAGCACAUCCCCAGCCCUGCAAAGAAGAUGCCCCGAAUCCCUGGCACAACAGGUGGGCCAGAGGCAGUGGCCAUCAGCAACGGGGACCAUUAAGCUCCUAUCCUCUGUGAGGUCUAUUUUUAGGCUGACUGACACGUGGAGAUGGAUCAACUAGAACAAACAAACAAACAAACUGAAAGAAUGGUAAAUGAAGAGCAAUGUCCGUUCACCUCUUCAGUGAUAUAUCACUGACUGUGGUGUGACUCACCACAUCAUCUAUCCCUCUCUGAACUUGGUUUAUUUAAAAUAACAUUAAUUGUGGGAUUGUACACAUUUAAGUAGGUUAUAAUAUUUUUUUCGUGGGAGGCCCAGGAAAAAGACAUUGGCUUUGUCAAGGUUGCAGACACUCCUAAAAUUUUAUUCCUCAACUUUCUGUUCAGC